AAAUGCAGCACGAGGCCCACAGCUGCGGGUGCCCUUCGUUCUCUCUGUUCGGUCAAACGCCUUCGCCGACGGUUACAGGCACCGACCAGCCGGACAGGUGUCCGUCCAAAUGACUGGACCUCCGUGACAGUGAGUGUUUGUUGUCUUUAACAGCUCUGCAAAUAGUCAUGAGAGACAUGUGGGGUUAUCGACUCUGCUGCAGAUAACCAGCGCCAAACAACAACAACAGCAACACGCGCAAGAAGCGUUGUUUCUUCCCUUGAUGUGCGCUCUCCUGUGGCCUGGGCGGCCUGCCUGUUCCUUGAGAGAGCGUCGACGUUUUAUUGUGUUUUAUAUCAUUUGUUAGUGGGGCUUUUUGAUCUCACAUCCGAUCGGAAACAACCGCAGCACGAGCGGCAGCAGCAGCAGCAGCGACGUCCCAAGGAGGAGCAUCCCCCUGGUGUUUAUUACAUGAGAGGACGCGCCACAAGCCAGGGACUCGAGACAGAGACGGACGAGAGCAAACAUGUUUGAGACGAGAGGAAUCCCCUUUGUCCUGCUCGACUUGGCUUGCCUCAUUCUAGUUGGACUCCCAUUUGUAAUACUCAAUGUGCGGCACAGUCCUUUCCGCCGAGGCUUUUUCUGUAAUGAUGAUUCAAUCAAGUAUCCCUUUAAAGAAGACACCAUUUCCCAUCAGUUGUUAGGAGGUGUUAUGAUUCCUGUCACAAUACUCACUAUGGUCUUUGGCGAGUGCCUUUCAGUUUAUCUAAAGCGCAUCAAAUCCAAGUCCUCUUUCGGCAGCUACGUCGCCUGUGUUUACAAAGCCGUCGGCACCUUCCUCUUCGGCGCCGCCAUGAGCCAGUCUCUCACCGACAUCGCCAAGUAUUCUAUUGGCCGGCUCAGGCCGCACUUCCUGGAUGUGUGCAAGCCUGAUUGGAAACUUAUCAACUGUUCUUCAGGGGCUUAUAUCGAAGACUUCACCUGCACUGGAGAUCCGACCAUGGUCAACGAGGGCAGGCUGUCCUUCUACUCGGGCCACUCCUCUUUUUCCAUGUACUGCAUGCUGUUCCUGGCUCUCUACCUGCAGGCUCGGCUCCAGGUCGAAUGGGCGAGGCUGCUGAGACCCACAAUCCAGUUUUUCCUGAUCGCUGCCACGGUGUUCACAGGAUUUUCAAGGGUGUCAGAUUAUAAACAUCACUGGAGCGAUGUGCUGACUGGACUCCUGCAGGGCGCCCUCAUGGCUGUCCUGGUGGUCUUCUUCGUGUCUGACUUUUUCAAGCCACACGUAGAUCCCCGUAAAGAGGUGGACAUCCCACACACAACCCUGCAGGAGACCCCGACGAAUGGAAACCACUUUGAGAGCCCCAACUAAGCUGAUCGAGAGGUGGAGGACGAUGACCUCCGCUGUCCUAACGCGCAGCCAGGACUCCCAGCUCUCCAGCAUUUCAUCUCACGCAAAUUCUCGUCCGACAACCUGCAUGGAUUUACAGUGUACUUACUUCAAGGAAGCUCCUGGAUGACUGUGCAUCCCAGAAGAAGCUUUUGUAAGCUUCAGAUUUUAAGUGUUUUAGGCAAUUUGCUGUCUUUGUCCAAUGAUUCUAUGUCUGGAAGGAAGGUGUUGAGACUACGUGUCCAAGCCAUGUAGAUUUGCUCAAGAGACUGAGGCAGAUGUAGGUUAGAGAUUCUCUAAGGGCAGGAACCAACAAUUUAUUCACGCAUCUAUCUACUGAGCUGGUGGGAAGACUUACCUGCACGAGUCCACUAAAGGGUCUAACCACUGCUGGGGGAGAGAGAAACGAGGGUUGGAAACCUGUGAAUGUAACCUUGCUUUGUGCUUUUCCUGACCUGGAGUCAGUCUGCUCAAGGAUCUGAUUCAGGAUCAGUUUUUAGGUCGACUCCCGCUCCCAGAGAGAUGGCCGAGUCUCAUCAUUUUGCUGCCUUAAGUCCAGUGUUAAUAAAAGGGCUACUUAUUAGAGGAAUGUUUGCUUCUCAAGGCUAGAACGUGUUAGAGACUAAAGCUGAUCCUAGACCAGAGGGUUAAUCCCCCUCACACCUGCAGCGGCUGACUCCAGGUCACUGCCACUGCCGACUUAUUCUCCCACCGUCUAACCUGGUCGAGGAGGAGGCUUGACUGGAAUCCCGUUUGGUUAGAGAGUGGAAGAGUAGACGGUCAGUUUAAGUCCCGUGUUGCCUUUGCUGGACUGCUACUGCUGCUAUCACAGCUCCUGUGUAUCCAAGAACUAACAGACAACAGUGUACUUUUGUAUAAUCUGUAUGUAAAAACAAAUCAACAUACAGACUUUUAUUGAAAAAAAAAAAAGUUACAAUAUGUACAAAUGUCUAAAAUAAGAAAAAAAAACAGGAACAAUAAA